AUGUCAACUGAAGAAGGAAAAAUUUCUCAAUCAUUUGAGCUGAAAGUUUACCAUAAAACUUGCAGCUUUAAUGCAGCUCAUAUUUUGGCUGGCCAGUCAUGGCAAGAAGAUCUUCAUGGGCACGGCUAUACUAUUGCAGUAAUGAUAAAAUCAAAAGUAAUUGGUGCUGAUGGGUUUGUUGUAGAUUUCAGUGUUAUAAAAGCUGCAUUAAAGCAAUUGUGUCAAACUUUAAACAAUAAGGUCCUUGUAGCUUCAAAAUCUACAAGUCUGCAGGUCGUAGACCUAGAAGAUCAUAUCAGAAUCCUGGCUCCUAGAAACACCUUUUAUGAAUUUCCUAACUCCUCUACCCUUGGGGCAAGCUAAAAAAACUUACUCAUUAGUUUAUUUUUUAAUAAAACUGUAUGCUUAGAUUUUGACAAUUUUAGACUUGUAGAUAUCAAAUGAAAAUCUAAUUUAAUUUAUAAAUUAACGACUUAGAAUGCAAGAGUUUAAAAUUUUAUUUCGUAAGUAUUUUUCUAAAACCGAUCGGCCAGCUUAAUUAUGCAAAAUUCUCAAUGACUAUAAAAGAAUUAGCUGAAGUUCUCAAUAUAAUAAUAAAUUAUCAAAAUAAGAUUAUAUAAAUUAUUUUUUUUUACUCGCUUACGAAGAAUCUUAAUUUUGAAAAAUAUGGAUUUUUCUAAUAGAUUACCCAGUAACCAAGGGGGAAAGUAAAAGAAUGUGCGCUUUAUUGCCAAUCAAUAACAGCUCAGCUGAAGAACUUGCAAAAUAUAUCUCUGAAUCUAUUUGGGAAGGUUUAGAGUCGUCUAUAAAGGAUAGAGGAAUUAUCGAAUUCGGGACAGUUGUGUCAGAAACUUACACACAGCAAGACGGAAGUUAUACUAUGAGGAUAUCAGAAUAG